AAAUACCAUUUGUUUUUUACCCUUAAUUUUUGCUAAUUUGGUAAAUUCACAUUGGAUUUCUGUUGAUUUCUUCAUUGUCCCGCAAAAAAGGAAGUAAAGGGUGUCCAAAACUGUAAAAAUCUCUCUUUCAUGGUGUGAUCAGAGACAAAAAUUUGAGUUUUUAGUUUCAUAUUUGAGAUGGGAAAUGCUGAAAGCAGGGGCCGGCGACGAAGCAACAGUCGGAGGAGCCAUCCACCGCCGCCAUCUCAACCGGAGAUAAACGACAGCAGGUAUGUAUUUGCGGCGGCAACACCGUAUCUUUCUCGAUUCCCACAUGGACCGUCGUAUUAUCAGUACCCGGGGUACUAUCCGCCGCCACCCGCAAUGCCAGCGCCAUAUGUGGUGCAUCAAAAAGCAGUGACAAUACGUAAUGAUGUUAACCUGAAGAAGGAGACUUUAAGGAUUGAGCCUGAUGAGGAGAAUCCGGGCAAGUUCCUUGUUGCUUUCACUUUCGAUGCCACCGUUUCUGGAAGCUUGACUGUCAUUUUCUUUGGAAAAGAAGGUGAAGAUUGUUUGUUGACACCUAUGAAAGAAAGCUUACUUCCACCAAUAACUGUUGAAUUUCAACAAGGUUUAUCCCAGAAGUUUAGGCAACCCUCAGGAACUGGCAUUGAUCUUUCGAUGUUUGAUGAAGCAGUAUCCUCCAAAGAUGGUGAUGUAGAUGUAUAUCCAUUAGCGAUGAAAGCAGAGGCAAUCCCAGGUAGUGAAAGUGUAUCAGAGGAUGGGAAUGCAGCAUCUGGGUCCACAAAUUCCCAGCUUACUCUAGCAGUUUUUGGAAAGGAUAAAGGUGAAUACCAUGUUAGGGUGGUGAAGCAAAUACUUUGGGUCAAUGGCAUGAGAUAUGAAUUACACGAGAUUUAUGGGAUUGGCGAUUCAAUUGAUAAUGACUUUGAUGGAAAUGAUCCUGGGAAAGAAUGUGUGAUAUGCCUUUCUGAACCUCGGGACACAACUUUACUUCCAUGUCGACACAUGUGCAUGUGUAGUGGUUGUGCAAAAGUCUUGAGGAUCCAGACAAAUAGGUGUCCUAUUUGUCGGCAGCCAGUUGAGCAACUUCUGGAGAUCAAAGUCAGCGAAGGUGUUGAACAGUAGAUAUAGGAAGAGUUGCUACUACACUCUUGUAUAAUGAUCUUUCUGUUUACACUGUAAUCCUCUCAUUUUCUGAUUUAGUUUUUAAGUUGGUUUUUCCUUUUGUCUUGUACUUCCUAGAUUAGAUAAUCCAACAGCUAUGCUCUUAAAGUUUCCAGUGGUUGGAUGAAGUGCAUAUUCUGAUCAUUAGAUCAAAAAAUGCUGCAAGUUUGAUUCACUUUGUUUAACCGUCUUUUAAUUAAAACUAUGCAGUGCUUUGGUUGAA